UAUAUGCCACGCAAGACCGGACCCACCUGCAGAACUGCCCCUAGAAUGGAACAUAGAACUUCCAAAGAAGAAACCAAGUCUUUCUGGAUUGCCCCAGUUUUCAUUAUGUCCUGCCCCAAAGAAUUCACGUGAACACGAUGAGUGGGGGAGAUUUUUGAAUUUUCUGCACAUGAAUGACAAGGUUGCUACUUCGGUGGUUGAACGGUACAAGUUCUACAUACUGCCUCCUGUUGAAGCCUCAACAUCUAGCCCAGUCAGAGUUGCAUAUCAGAUGGGCAAUUCGAGGGAUAAUGAAUCAGGAGGUCCUCAUCCGGCUGAGGAGCAUGGUGGAUCUGACGCUAUAAAGGGAGGAGGUCCAGCAAGUGAUGCAGAUUUAUGCUUCCCCUCCCCUGGCCCUAAGAUUUCUCAAGCUGAAGAUUGUGCUUGUCAUUCUACGGCUGAACAGUUUAGCAGAUCUCGAAAUAUUGUGAAGCAGGAAAGAAUCUCUCAGAAAAAUUACAUACGUGUGGACCCAAGUUACCUGAAAACUCUUGUUCAAGUUCAUUCUGGGUGGAUUUUCGGUGGAAUAGCUGAACUUGUUGAUAAUUCAAGAGACACCAAGGCAGCUAAGAUGGACAUUUUUAUAGAUACGAUAAAGUUGAAGAAAUCUGGUAACGAUGAACCUAUGCUUUCAGUUAUUGAUGAUGGCCAAGGUAUGGAAUACAAAGACAUUUUGAAAAUGGUUUCCUUUGGGCACAAGCAAAGUAAUAGUGAUGAUCCAGAUCGCAUUGGAAGAUUUGGUGUUGGAUUCAAGACUGGAGCAAUGAGGCUUGGCAAUGAUGCUCUUGUUUUAACCCAGACUGCUAAUUCCAGAUGUAUAGCUUUCCUUUCACAGUCUUUGAAUGAAGGGAAAGAGAAUGUUGAGAUCUCCGUAGUUUGCUAUCGCCGACGAGGACAGUGCAUGGAAGUGGAUACAAAUGUUCGGUCUGAAGCUGAGGCAAAAUGCAAUUUGAAAGCCAUAAAGGAAUUUUCACCAUUUAAUAAGUAUCUUAUUGGUGAAAAGUUAGCAUUGUUUUCCGGUGGCACAGGAACACAAAUCUACAUACGGAAUCUUGAUAAAUGGGGAUCAAAUUAUUGUCUGCAAUGGUAUGAUGGAUUAAAAGGUAGCAGCUCUUUCCACGAUCGUGACAUUUUCAUCCGAUCUAGAAGGAUCCGUUCUCGCCCUGGCCAAGUCAGUGUUAAGGUUCAAUUGGAUUAUUCACUUCGAUCUUAUCUGGAAGUUAUCUUCUUAGUUCCUCGGAUGAAAAUAAGUGUUCAACAUUCACUGGUUAGAAGUCGUCCUCUGGGAAAUUUUCUUACUAAAACUGUCAUUGAAACCGGUUUUGUCCUGGGAAAGCAUGUGCACUUGAUCCUGGGAUUCAGUCAAUUAGAAUGGGAGCAGGCAAACUGCGGAAUAUUUUUGUAUUGGCGUGGUCGCUUGAUUGAAGCUUACAAGAGAGUUGGUGGCAUGAUUCGUAAUGCAGACGUGGGCCGUGGUGUAAUUGGUGUCAUAGACGUGACUGAUUUAAUGAAUGAUGGCGAUGGUCGUAUCUGGGUGCAUAAUAACAAGCAGGGAUUCCAGGACUGUGAAUCAUAUGCACUUCUAGAGCUGUGGCUUGGUAGAAAAGUAGAUGAAUACUUGGACAACAAUUUUGAUUCACUUAAGUUGGACAAUGAAAAUUGUGUCUACAAACCAGAUUGCGAAUGGGUACAGUGUGACAAGUGCAGAAAAUGGAGAAUUUUGCCUCUUGACUUUGACGUCACAUUGUUGCCUGCACAAUGGUUCUGUUACAUGGAGCCCUUCAAAGGACUGUGUUCAGCUGCGGAACAAAAAAUGGAGCCUAGCGUUGUCAAUGUUUCGACAAAGCGGUGUGGAUAUGAUACUGACAAGGGUACAGAUGAAAGGGGGGUGGCGUGUGGAGAUCUGAAACCGCGUGCUUUAAAAAGAUUGAGGUAGGGACGUCCUGAGUCUAAGGCUAAGUAAAAUCUUUAGAAGAAAGAAAAGGAGUACAUGGAAGGAAGUAAGUGGGACCACUCUCGAUAAGCACUACAUCUGGGCAAAGAGUACUUGGGUAGCAAAAUCCAAGAAUAUUGAAUUUAUAAAAUGAGACUUAUUUAUUUUUAUUUUUUUGCUUUUUUUAAUGGAAUAUCAUUUUAUUAGCGUAUAAUAUUGAUGACAUUU